ACUUCCUGGAGGCCGCCAUCUUGUCUGUGUGUCUGAUCAGCUCCGCCCUCCUCACCCGCCGAGACAUGGCCGGAACUACCGAGAGCCGGGUGAGUCCCGCGGACCCAAUCACAUUUGACGAUGUUGCCAUUGUCUUCUCGGGGGAAGAGUGGGAGAUGCUCAGUGACCAGCAGAGGACGCUCUACAUGGAGGUGAUGAAGGAAAACUACGAACAUUUCAUCUAUCUAGGGUUGAAGGUUCCCAUCAUCCUGUCAUGGCCGCAACACAGCAAUAAGGCCGCCAGCGAGACGGUGGCCCAGAAAUCACCUGAACCCCCCAAUCAUGAAGAUCCUACAGCCAAUCACUUGAAAGAGAAGGAGCCACAAGAAGAGCCAAAGAAGCCACAAGAAGAGCCUAAGGAGUCAUUUAGCCAUCCUGGGAACGGAGCCAUCAAAAGAUCCUCCAAGAGGGUUCGAUUUAGUAAAAAUUUAGAAGAGCGGAGCCAGGACUCGACCAGUAAGGAUGAGACUAAGGAUCCUCCUCCUCCUCCUGCGCACACCAGAAACCUCAGAGAGCGCAAACAGUACUACUGCCAGCACUGCGAAAAAUGCUUCAACUAUAGCUCGGCGUUGGAAGCUCACCUCCGCGUGCACAGUGGGGACAAACCACACAAGUGUGAAGACUGCCAUCAGACCUUUAGUUUCAAGUCUGAGCUGAUCGUGCACCGCAGGAAACACUCCAAGUCCACCAAAAGUGCAUCCAAAGGUGCGAAAAAUCAACCUCCCACCAAAGCUGCACCUCCCACUGCAGCUGAGCCUGAAGAAUCCACGCCGCUUCCAACCACAAGUGUCAACGGGACCUCAGAGGACACCGACACAAGUGUUGAACGUGCCGCGAGCCCUGUUGCCCAGCCAGUGCCGAGCUCGCAGCCGAGCACUAGCAGCGGCAGUCCCUCCAGCCUCCCUCAAAAAGACAGCGAUAAGCCUCUUAAAUGCAAUUUCUGUGAGAAAAGGUUUAACGACAGGUCAAUAUUGGAAGCCCACCAUCGAAUCCACACCGGGAAGCUGGCCUACCCUUGUACGAUGUGCGACAUGAGUUUCUCCAAACCGUCCUUGCUGGCGGCUCACAACAACACCCACAAGGAAGGCAAGCCUUUCCAGUGCGACCAGUGCGACAAGAACUUCAACGACGAGUCCCUCCUGGUGGCCCACAAGAGGACCCACACCGGCGAGAAGCCUCACAAGUGCAGCCACUGCAACAAAUGGUUCCCUAACCGCAACAGCCUGGUGGAACACGAAGAGUGCCACCUGAAACCCAAGCCAUUCAAGUGCCGGCACUGCGAGAAGAGCUUCAACGACAAGACCCUUCUUGCCACCCACGAGGGAGUGCACACAGACACUAAGCCCUUCAAGUGCACUCAGUGCAACGAGAGCUUCUUCCUGAAGACGCAGCUGAUGGCCCACCAAGCCAACCAUGGUCCAGAUAAACCCUACCCGUGCAACCAGUGCGAGAGGAGCUUCAACAAGAAAGAGACUCUCUUGGCUCACAUCCGGGUGCAUAACGUGCAGAGCCUGCAAGUGCAGAAGAAGAUUAAACCAUGAAGUCGGCCAGGUGUUCCCCAAUUAUGAUAUAAAGAACACUUUGCAAGAUCGGCUUCUUUCUACAAAAUGAAGUGGGAGGCGCGGCGGGAGGACCGCCAUAGACCCCAAUAUUCCCUCAGGCGUUGACCUCCAAUACGCUGCCUUCUUUCUUUCCCUGUGCAUGGCUGACUCUCGGGCGUAUCGGACACCUUUUGCUUUAUUGCAUUUUGUUUUUUGUUUUCUUCUCCACAAAUGAUUUUGCUAACAGGCGUUGGAAUAUUCACUCUUUUAUUCUUUCGUUGCCCUCCUUUGGAACUUCUAUCACCCUAUAGUUUCUGUAGGUAUUGAGAUGUAGGUUUAGAGGAUUCUGGCACCACAAAGGUCCUCCUGAGCUUUUGUAGAGCUUCUUGUGGUUUACUAUGAGACUGAGGAUUGUCCCUCUCGUUGGUCGGCAAUCCGAUUAUUAAAGAAUUGAUGAAUUUUU